GCGGGCGGAGCGGCGGGCGGAAGCCAUGUUGGAGCUGCACCCCGAGCGAGGGGCUGCGGGCGCGCUCCUCUCCUGGUGGGUGUGACCCGGCUCGGCGCGGCGGCGGGGGGCGGGGACGCCGGGCGGCUCGUCGUGGUCGGCGGCGGCCGCGGCGUGCAGCCGGGCGAUUGUGACCGGCGGCGGAGCCGGGCCGGCCGCGGGCGCUCCCUCCGUGCGGCCCCCCUGAGCGCCCCCCCUCCCCGGGCCGGGAGGGAGGCGGGGGGCACCCGGGGCCCGCCAUGAACCCGGGCUUCGACCUGUCCCGCCGGAACCCGCAGGAGGACUUCGAGCUGAUCCAGCGCAUCGGCAGCGGCACCUACGGCGACGUCUACAAGGCACGGAAUGUUAACACUGGAGAAUUAGCAGCAAUUAAAGUGAUAAAAUUGGAACCAGGAGAAGACUUUGCGGUUGUACAGCAAGAAAUCAUUAUGAUGAAAGACUGCAAACACCCAAAUAUUGUUGCUUAUUUUGGAAGCUAUCUCAGGCGGGAUAAACUUUGGAUUUGCAUGGAGUUUUGUGGAGGUGGCUCUUUACAGGACAUAUAUCACGUAACUGGACCCCUCUCAGAACUGCAGAUUGCAUAUGUUAGCAGAGAAACACUACAGGGAUUGUAUUAUCUUCACAGUAAAGGAAAAAUGCACAGAGAUAUAAAGGGCGCUAACAUUCUAUUAACGGAUAACGGCCAUGUGAAAUUAGCUGAUUUUGGAGUUUCUGCACAGAUAACAGCUACAAUUGCCAAACGGAAGUCCUUCAUUGGUACCCCAUAUUGGAUGGCUCCAGAAGUCGCGGCUGUUGAGAGGAAAGGAGGGUACAAUCAGCUGUGUGACCUCUGGGCAGUGGGCAUCACUGCCAUCGAGCUGGCCGAGCUCCAGCCACCCAUGUUUGAUCUUCACCCAAUGAGGGCAUUAUUUCUAAUGACAAAAAGCAAUUUCCAGCCUCCUAAGCUAAAGGAUAAGUUGAAGUGGUCAAAUAGUUUCCAUCAUUUCGUGAAGAUGGCACUUACCAAAAAUCCAAAAAAAAGACCCAAUGCAGAAAAGCUACUACAGCAUCCCUUUGUCACACAACCUCUGACAAGGUCUUUGGCAAUAGAGUUGCUGGAUAAAGUGAAUAAUCCGGACCACUCCACGUACCAUGAUUUUGAUGAUGAUGACCCAGAGCCUCUUGUUGCUGUACCACAUAGAAUUCCUUCAACGAGUAGAAACGUGAGAGAAGAGAAAACGCGCUCAGAGAUAAACUUUGGCCAGGUAAAAUUUGAUCCUCCCUUACGGAAGGAAACAGAGCCACAUCAUGAACUUCCCGACAGUGAUGCUUUUUUCGACAGUUCAGAAGAAAUAUACUACACUGCAAGAUCUAAUCUGGAUCUACAAUUAGAAUACGGACAAGGACACCAAAGUAGUUACUUUUUAGGUGGAAACAAGAGUCUUCUAAAGUCUGUUGAAGAAGAACUACAUCAGCGAGGUCACGUGGCACACUUAGAAGACGAUGAAGGGGGUGAGGAUGACUCUAAACAUUCUACUAUGAAAGCAAGAGCCCCACCGCCUCUGCCACCAAAGCCUAAAUCCAUCUUCAUACCACAGGAUACACAUUCUGCUGAGGACAGUAAUCAAGGAACAAUCAAGAGAUGUCCCUCGGUGGGGAGCCCAGCAAAGCCAUCUCACGUCCCACCUAGACCACCUCCCCCAAGGCUGCCCCCACAGAAGCCUGCUGCUUUAGGAAAUGGAGUUGGCUCCUUCCAGCUAAAUGGUGAACGAGACGGAUCAUUAUAUCAGCAGCAGAAUGAGCAAAGAGGCACAAACCUUUCCAGAAAAGAGAAGAAAGACAUACCAAAGCCAAUCAGUAAUGGUCUUCCCCCAACACCUAAAGUGCACAUGGGAGCAUGUUUCUCAAAGGUUUUUAAUGGAUGUCCUUUGAAAAUCCACUGUGCCACAUCCUGGAUUAACCCAGACACAAGAGAUCAGUACUUGAUAUUUGGUGCUGAAGAGGGCAUUUACACCCUUAAUCUCAAUGAACUUCAUGAAACAUCAAUGGAACAGCUGUUCCCCCGCAGGUGUACAUGGCUGUACGUGAUGAACAAUUGCUUACUGUCGAUAUCUGGCAAAGCUUCUCAGCUCUAUUCCCAUAAUUUACCAGGGCUUUUUGAUUAUGCAAGACAGAUGCAGAAGUUACCUGUAGCGAUUCCCGCACACAAGCUCCCCGAUAGAAUACUGCCCAGGAAAUUUGCUGUAUCAGCAAAAAUUCCAGAAACCAAGGGGUGUCAGAAGUGCUGUGUGGUGAGAAAUCCUUACACCGGCCAUAAAUACCUAUGUGGGGCGCUUCAGACUAGCAUCAUUUUAUUGGAAUGGGUAGAGCCAAUGCAGAAAUUCAUGUCAAUUAAGCACAUAGAGUUCCCAAUGCCCUGUCCACUCCGUAUGUUCGAGAUGUUGGUGGUGCCUGAGCAGGAGUACCCUCUGGUCUGUGUUGGGGUCAGUAGAGGGCGAGACUUCAACCAAGUGGUCCGAUUUGAGACUGUCAAUCCAAACUCUACCUCGUCGUGGUUUACAGAAUCAGAGCCAAGUGUGGUGGUACACACCUGUAAUCCCAGCACUUCGGAGGUGAAGGCAGGAAGAUCAGGAGUUCAAGACCAAUCUCAGCUACAUAAUGCCCCGCAGACAAACGUCUCUCAUGUGACCCAGCUGGAGAGAGACACCAUCCUCGUGUGCCUAGACUGUUGUAUAAAAAUAGUGAAUCUCCAAGGAAGAUUAAAAUCCAGCAGGAAAUUAUCAUCAGAACUCACAUUUGAUUUCCAGAUAGAAUCCAUAGUUUGUCUGCAGGACAGUGUGCUGGCGUUCUGGAAACAUGGGAUGCAAGGUAGAAGCUUUAGGUCUAAUGAGGUAACACAGGAGAUUUCAGAUAACACAAGAAUUUUCAGGCUCCUUGGAUCCGACAGGGUUGUGGUUUUGGAAAGUAGGCCAACUGAUAACCCAACAGCAAAUAGUAAUUUAUACAUCUUGGCGGGUCACGAAAACAGCUACUGAGACAUGGAGUUCUUGACAGUGACCACGCCGCACGCGUGGAGCUGUGCCGGAGCUGCAGGAACCUGGCUUCAGUUCCUUAUAAUUUAUUGUGGCAUGAGACAGAUGGGACAGCUUUCUGUUUUAAGUGGUAUGGAUUUUUUUAGCACAUUGAACCACACAAGUGCUUAAUUCAUUGUUAUGUAAUCUUGUACAUAUAAGCAGUAUUUUUCUGUGAACUUCAUAUUGCUGAGGCAUACACUAAGAACUGAUGUAGAUAAUGUACUUUUAUGAGAUGUAAAAGUGUCUUAUCUGUACAGAUGUAAAUGGUGAUUAAAAUGCGACUGGGGUUAAUAUUUUAAGAAUCCUUUAGUAUAUUCUUGGGUGUGGUUAUAUUACAAAAUGGGAUGCUGGCAAUGAAACGACAUUUAACACUAUUGUAUUUUUAUUAUAUGUAAUUUAGUAAUAUGGAUAUAAAUCUUGUAACUUUUAAAAUGGUAACGAGCUAUAAUCAUUUUAUAAUCUUGUUUUUAAUUUUAAUGCAAGUGCACUGGUGUUUCUCCUUGCACAGAGUGUUGAUAUGUGAUGUAUUAAGUCACAAAGAAAGCUGUGACGCCGUGAAUAUGCAUUUGGCUCCACAACAUCUUUUUUUUAUAUGUAUUUGGAUUGUUUUCUAUGUGAAACAAGCCAAUUAACCACCCGUUGUAGUAACUGAACUUUUUCUAUGUAAGCAGAAUCGUGUAAGAUUGCUUGUCUGUGCUUUGGACACACCUUUGCAGAAACCUGCAAUCACAGAACGGCGGUACCUUGAGAACACUGUGCUUGUCCUCUGGGGUGCGGCGUGCACAAAGGAUAAACCAGCAUUGUUAGAGAGUCCACACUAGACAUUUCACAAAUCACACUGAAGAGCUAGAACAUUCCACAGUGACGUGAUCAGAUUUCUCAUGGAGUCUUUAUGUUUGUUGGCCUUACUUUAUUAUCACUUCCCUAUUUUUUUAUUUAGAGUAUUAAUACGUGGCCAAGAUAAUUUAGUUACUACCUCAUACAAACAUUAUAAUGGAUACUACACAUCACAGGAAGUUAGUUCGCUUAAAAUCAUUGUUGAUUGGGUUUUUUCCAGUGGAGUGUAUCUGUCUGAUCAGAUAGAUAGAUAUGAAGUUGUAGCAAAAUGCACACCUCUGGCUCUGUUUGGUAUAUGUUCUUUAUAUUUUGAUGUGAGUAUGUAUACACUAAGAACAAACUAAAUUGUGAUUUAUGCUUCAUUUAUUUUAAUUGAUAAUGGUUUUAAAUAUGUCCCUGAUUGUACAUACUGUAAAAUAAACAUGUUUUUUAACAUGC